GUCAACUUGGUCGGAAAGUUAAAAAGUCAAGAUGGCGGUAUUAUUGUAAUGAAUAAUCGUACUACUAGUUAUGCGUUGUAAUAAUAAGAGUGUGUUGUAUUUACUGAAAAAGUAACAUUCUUACUCUUACAUUUAACAAUUUUUAUAUAAAAUGUCUUGGCCGAUGCAAUCUGGGUCCUGGAAUGCUGGAGUUCCGAUGACUCCGAAUAUGAACAUGGGGUAUACCCCUGAUCAGUGGACUCUAAUACAACAACAAAAUUGGCAACAGUGGGCACAAUGGCAACAACAAUAUGCCCAGUGGCAUCUACAAUAUGGAGACAAGUAUGCUGAGCAAAUGCAGACUGUACCAGCAAUGGGUGCUGGACCUCCCUUACCUCCUGUUAAUUGUGCACCACCUCCUGCGCCUCCGCCGCCCGAUCAACCCCCACCGCCGCAUAAAAACGACCGGCCUCUCUAUACUCCUAAACCUCCACCACCAUCACACACUCCCACUCAGCCAGAUAAUAUAAAUAAUACAAAACCCAUGGACGGUAACUCCCAAGCUUGGUCUAAUACUGCAGACAACAGAAAUGCUAUUCAGAAUUCUGAGGCUCUCAAAAAAUUGUUAGAGGAAGAAAGAUUGUUUGACAUUCAAUUUCAUAAAUGGGAGGAAGAGAUUGAGAAGUGGAAAAUGGAAAAUGUUAAUCAUCCUGAUAAACAAGCUUACAGUGAAUAUGAACAGAAAUUUGAAGCUUGUCGAGCACAGCUGUUAGAGAGACGUCAACAGAUGAAACAAAAACGAGCUCGAUUAACUGGAAUUGCCCCUCCAACACUAAGUAACACUAGUUCGGUCAAUAAUAUUCAACUUGUACCACCACCACCCCCCAAUUCAAAUAAACCUAAUAAUGUCCCUCCAAGCGCUGUACAAACACAAAAACCUAAUAGUAAUCCAGAUACAAACUAUACUCAUCAAAGUCAAUUUGACCAAAAUCAAUACCAACAUUAUGAAGAUGUUCAACAUGCAUAUAAUAAUGACAACAGUUAUGUUCAAGCAGAGGCAACACAUACAAAUAAAUCCUAUGAAAAUGUUGACCCUUACUAUUCCAAUAUGGAACAGUCGAAAUUUUUGCCAACAAAUGAAAAUUCUAAAGGUAUACCAGGAUUAGAUCUGAUACCUGAGGAUAAGAUGUUAAAACCACAAGAUGUUAUUGAUAUAACUGGAGAAACGAUGAGUGAGAUAAAAAAAAUACAUUCACAAACUCCAGAUUAUACAACAAUAUCCAAAGGCAUUAAUAAUAUAUUGGGAGAUGAAAAAAUCAUGAACAUACUUUCAAUGGUUUGUCAAAAACCUGUCGAUCCUGUCAGAAAUCAGUCACAGAGUAAUAUAGAAUCAACUAACUCUUACCAGUAUAAUAAUAAUUCCGAUUUUGGUACAAGACAAAAUAUACCCUACAGUCAGGGUUCUAACGAUUUAUACAACAAAGGUAAUGGGAAAUUUUCACAAACUUAUAACCAAGUUCAAAAGGAACCAAUGGAUCAGUAUUAUGGCAAUUAUUCACAAAACAAUGUCCAAAAUGUGCCGCCAAGACAUCAAAUUAAUACAAUGCCCUUGGCUCAACCUUUGCAAACUCAGCCUAUACAAAGUAACAUUGAUAAUUAUCAUAGAGCUCCUCAUGAGGCAAGAAAUAUUCCCGAUCGUCCAAUACUUCCAACUCCAACCCCUGUUCCAAGGUCAAAGUGGGUUGAUCAACCUAUGUUUACACCAUCAAUUAUAGUUGAAUAUGAACAUAAGCCAUUGCGAUUAAAAGCUCGUGAUUUUAUUGAACCUGUGCACAUAUUUGAGUACAACCAUAAAUCAAAGCACAGUGAUAACAAGAAGAAGGAUUUUGAAAGAGAAGCAGAUGAACUGUUUGUAAGACAUCCACGGUCCAGUAAUAUUGAUAGCUUUCCCCCUGAGAGAAUGAACCGAGAACUUUAUCAUAGAGAUUAUGAACGAAGACCUAGAGAUAUUAGAGAACCGUACAGGCCACGACCUCUAAUGAGAGAUGUAUAUGAUGAUAAGCGUAGAGGUGAUGGCAGAUUAGAUGAUUGGAGAAGAGAUGAAUCUAUUAAGUUUACCCGUAGAGAAGACUUUUAUAGAGAUAGAGAAAAGGGUAGAGAGGAAUUUAAGGACAGGUACAGAGUGUAUAGAAAGGAUGACAAUAGGAAUCGUAGUAGGAGCAAAGAAAAGGAAAACCGGAAAAGAGAUCAUAGCAAUGAUGAUGACAGUUUUCCUGCUAAGAAGGGAAAAGAAACAGCAGAAAAUAAAGAGAUUGUGAAAACAAAGCAUGUUGUUAUGAUAGACGAUAUAUUAGAACCUCCAGGACGGGAAAUGAGACCCAAUAAAAUUGUUAUAUUUUUAAGAGGUUUGCCAGGCAGUGGUAAAUCUUAUUUGGCAAAAUUAAUAAGAGACAAAGAAGCUGAGUAUGGUGGAACAGCAAGAAUAAUGUCCAUAGAUGAUUACUUUAUGCAAGAGGAUGAAGUGGAAGUUAAUGAUCCCGUUACUGGCAAAAGUGUUAAAAAACCUACACUAAAAUAUGAAUAUGAAGCAAACAUGGAAGAAAGCUAUUUGAAUUCAUUAAGGCGAGCUUUCAAAAGAAGUAUUACGGAUGGUUAUUUCACGUUUAUAAUAUUUGAUGCAGUGAAUGAAUGUUUAAACUCUUAUUCGGAAGUGUGGAACUACGCCAGGCAACAUGGAUUUCAGGCGUAUGUUUGUACAAUGGAGGGGGAUGUAGCAACGUGCCACAAGAGGAACAUACACAACCGUACGUUGGAAGACAUAGAGGUGCUGAAAGCGAAGUUUGCUGCUACUCCGGAGUUCCACAUAGAGCUGGACGCGACCACGCUGCUACAGAGCGCCGCCAUCACCGACGUGCACAUGGAGGACGCUGAUGAUGCUCUCAAUAUGGAGGAUGCAGGGGAACAAACGGAGGUUGAAAAUCAUUUUACAUCGAAAUGGGAGAAAAUGGACGACGCUGUCAAACUAGCGCGACUGGACGGCACCAGCAGACCGCUGCGGCCCUCGCAACUCUCCAUGGAAGACUACCUCCAAAUAGAUGAUUGGAAACCAAAUGUUGCAAAACCGGGAAAGAAAACUGUAAGAUGCAUUUGAUCGAAUUGAAAUGGUAAGUGAACUACAUAUAUUUUUACUAUUAAAACACGCGUAAGAGGAUCAUAUGAUCUGCUUCCAUAGCAUCUGCAACUUGCUAGUGAGUUGUAGAUGCGUUGCAUACAUUUAAUAGAUAAAGUAGAGGGUAAACAAAAAGACUUUUUCCAUUUUUUUAUUCAUACUCUGUAUCGAUUCUACUUCCACUUACAACCCUUUAAAAGACAGGGAAGGGGAUAAUAAUUUGGGUCUCUGGCACCUCAAGCAGAGCUUUCAAUAGCCUUUGCCUUUUUUCCUGUUUAUUGUAUUUCAUUCUCAGAUAAGUACAUAAAAUGUGUGUCUUUUACUCUGUCUUCGAUACACGAAAAAGUUACACAAUAUCUUAGUUAAUGGGUUCAAUUAAUUUAUCUUUGGUAAGUAUCGCUAGUGAAACAAAGUAGGUUCUUUUUUAAUAAUGAAACCUGUGAAUGGCAGACAUUGAAGAGGUUGCCAGCUCUUCAAGCGUGAUGUAUUGUCUGUUAAAGCAAUUAAUGUGACAUUCUCACAGUUCUUGUUUCCUAGAAUGAUUGUUAUAUUCCGUGGAAACUAAAGCGCGAGCAACGUUACUUGUGGAUCAAAUAAGGUUGUGAUUUCACUUGGACCAACGGUGGAUCUGUAACUAUUAAAAAACCUAUUUGAUUUUUAUGAAAGACACAUGAAAUAAAAUGAAAUAAAAAAGGUUAGCAACCAGAAUAUGUAACUGGCAAUUUUUAUCGCUUAUUAAACGUAAGUUGACAUUAAAACUAUGUUAAAGUAAAAUGAAUUGCUAAGUUAAAAUUGUUUAAGUCUGUAGUUAAAGAAAGUUAAUAAGUGCGUGUCAUUUGUAUUAAUGUAUUAGCAGACGUACUACGAACGUAAUUGGUUGAGACUUCCUGUGUAUCCUGAUUAUAAUAAGCACUCAUUCGCAUGGGCGUUUUUUAACGCGCGUUAAAAAACGCCGGUGCGUACGUUAGGUAAGUUCUGCUUCCAAUAUGAAGAAACGAGACAUACUGACUACAAUGUCUAUCCAGGUACGUAUCUAGGUGUAGUUUCAUCAGUGAAUU